CACAAUUUAAAUUGUUGAAACUAAACAAUUUUGCUCAUUUAAGUGGUAAAAAAUUGUAACCUAACCUAAAAAAUUACAUAACCUAUAAAACAGAAAGAAUCCCAAUUUCCGAUUAAUAAAAUGUUUUUCAAUCGACUCGUGCGAAAUAAUUCAGUGUUGCCCAAAAUGGGGCUUCCUCUGUAUCGAACAUUGUGCGAAAAACCCACUCAAGUGGUCACUUAUCGCUCAUUUGAGGAAAUCGAAACGAAGAAUAAAAACACCUAUUUGGACAUGAUCCAUAUUUUCAUCAAUCGAGACAAUGUGUACCGUCGCGGCCACGUCGAAUUCAUUUACUCGGCUUUGAAAAACAUGGAACAGUUUGGUGUCCACAAAGACAUUGAAGUGUACAAAGCGCUCAUUGACGUCCUCCCCAAAGGCAAAUUCAUCCCGAGGAACAUGUUCCAAGUGGAAUUCAUGCAUUACCCCAAACAGCAACAAUGCAUCAUCGAUUUACUCGAGCAAAUGGAAGACAACGGUGUGAUGCCCGAUUACGACAUGGAAGAUCUCCUGAAGAAUAUCUUCGGGAAUCGGGGCUUCCCCUUGCGGAAAUACUGGAGGAUGAUGUAUUGGAUGCCGAAAUUUAAGAAUGCGUCGCCGUGGCCCCUCCCAAACCCGCUCCCUGAGGGGGUAUACGAGUUGGCAAAGUGUGCCAUUGAACGGAUUAGCAGUGUUGAUAUUCAAACACAGAUUACGACUUAUCAGAGUCGUGAGGAGGACACUUGGAUAAUCAGUGCGCAAGCCCCCAUUCAGAAAGACCUAUUAAAGAGACACGACGUGACUGAACCCUUGUAUGUCGAAGGACCGUUUCGAGUCUGGUUGAAAAACCAACAAGUCACUUAUUUCACGUUAAGAAAAAACUCAAAACUUGUGACUACAAUCAACGAGGAUUUGGAUGAUGUUAGUGAUAUUAAAAUCCCCCUUUUUGGGAUUAAACCAAUAAAAAAACUCACUGUUGUACCUUCGGUUCAUGAGCAGGAAGAUGGUACAAUUUUGGGCUUGUGUGCCACUGGGACUUCAACUAAAGACUCACUUGUUUCCUGGAUUCGAAAUUUGGAAAAAGAUGGUAAUCCUGUUUUAGGGGAAGUACCAAUAGUUUUUACUUUACGUAGCGGAAGUAAAGAAAUUGUUACACUAGAUAGUACAAAACAAAUCGAAAAUAAAUAAAACUUGUCAUUUUUUUAUUUCA